AUGAAGCUUGGCCUUUUUAUGAUGCCGUCCCAUCCCCCGGAGCGGAACAUCUACGAUUCGCACCAGUGGGAUUUGAACUACCUGGAGUUGGCAGACCGGUUGGGGUAUGACGAAGCCUGGAUCGGUGAGCAUUUCACGGCGCCGUGGGAACCGAUCCCCGCUCCGGACCUGAUGAUUGCCCAGGCCUUGCAGCGGACCAGCAGGAUUAAGCUGGGUUCAGGAGUCCAUCUUCUCCCCUACCACCAUCCGGCAGAGUUGGCCCACCGCGUCGCAUACCUGGACCAUAUUGCCCAGGGACGUUUCAUGUUCGGCAUCGGUUCCAGCGGCUUGCCCAGCGACUGGGCAUUGUUCGACGUUGACGGCAACAACGGCCAGCACCGCGAAAUGACCCGCGAGGCGCUGGACAUCAUCCUGAAGAUCUGGCAGGCGAAGGGGCCCAUGGAGUACAAGGGCAAGUUCUGGAACGCCAACGUCCCCGACACCAUGUACGAUGUCCUGCGGCCCUUUCUCUACCCCUACCAGAAGCCCCAUCCGCCCAUCGCCGUGGCGUCGGCCAGCUACCGUUCGCCAACCCUGGUCAUCGCCGGGGAACGUGGAUUCAUCCCCAUGAGCCUGGCCUUCAAUACGGAUUACUGUCUCAGCCACUGGGAAGCCAUUGAAGAAGGAGCGCAGAAGGCGGGAAGAACCCCAUCAAGGAAGGAAUGGCGGUUGGUCCGGGACGUUUACGUUGCGGACACCGAUGAGGAGGCCCGCGAAGCGGCAGUUGGAGGCAUGACGGCCAGGGUCUGGCGGGACUACCUGCUCCGCAUAUUCAAGGAGUUCAACCUGCUGCACGUAUUCAAAGACGACCCGGAAGUCCCCGACGAAGACGUUACGCCGGAAUACAUGGCCGACCACAUGUGGCUCAUCGGCUCGCCCGAUACCGUCGCGGCCAAGAUUCGCAAGCUGUAUGAGAACGUGGGAGGGUUCGGCGGCCUGCUGGUCCUGGUUUACGACCACUGGCAGAACCAGGAAGGGUGGGACAAGUCGACACGCCUGCUGGCGGAAGAGGUGAUGCCCAGAAUUGCCGACCUGGUGCCUGAAUAA